AUGUCUACUCUCCUGACUCCGACAAAUCUUUCUUUGGGAAAAAUUUCAGAAAAAAAAGAAAAGUGUAAUGAGAAGGAUUAUUUGCCAGCAGAAACUAAUAUUACUUGUCCUAAUAAUGAGUUCGAAAGACCUUCGGCGAGAUUCGUGUACAACAAAAGCUCCUGUUUUAAGCGCAAAAGUAAUGUCUUUAAAUACACUCAUGUAGAAGACGGAAGCCUCCAAAAGUCUCACGAACUUUCUUUAUUUGGGGUUAAGAACUUUGGAAGCACAAACUUACUUGAGCAUCACAACAGAUUUAAUAUUGCUGGAAAACUAGGAUUUGAUGUGGGCAAUUCUUCCUCAGGUGGAGAAACAAAUGCUGCCGCAAGAACUCGUGUCUAUCAUAGGAAAACAAAAUCUACCAAAGUAGAGUUUGGGUAUACUAAACAUGACGGUGUCGCUGCAGUCCAAAUGGAGGUACUUGUAAAUGAAUCUCCUUGUUGGGCGGCAAAAGCAACUGUAACAGAUGUGAAUCUUCAAGCGAAGUUUAGAGUGGGAAAGGUUCGUGACGCAUAUUCGCAUUUUGUGGGUGCUUUUUUCUAA